AUGACCUGUUUGAGCAUAACAAUAGUUCGUUCCCUGCUUUCAGCUUUCAUACCGCGCAUUCUAUCCCCAGACAACCCGCGUGAGACGGUUAUAUUCGGAGGACCAGAUUCCAAUCGAAGUUCGAUCCUCGAUUCCAUGAAGUCAGAUAUUCCCACGAUGUCGAAAGAACAGCCUAUCUUGAUUUUAUCUCCAAGCUCUGGUGUUCCUGCAAAAAGCCCAGUACCACAACGCUUGCACACCAUGCGCAUUUGGUUUCCUCACAGUGGCAUUGAAAUCAUGAAAGAUGUCAAAAAGAAUGGCCUCGAUGAUGUGGUGCUUGAUGCCAUUGCUCUUCGAGAAUUUGGUGCUAGGCAUCAAGCCCAGGAUGACCAUGGCAACACGAUUGAUGCAUUUCCAGUCGAUCUUGCGGUUCUCGAGGCUGGUAUUUCACGAGUUUGGGGGAAAUAUGGCAUUCCAAAAUUCGUUCCUCUGAGCAGUGACGAUCCGAUUAUCUUGAAACAACCGACAAAAGACCCGGAAGCGAAGAAGGGUCUUUGUUUCCAGCGCCUACAUUCAAAAUAUCUGUACGAGUAUGGAAGAAGGCAAAGUCUCGCAAAAGUUUUGGGAUAUGAGAUGCCUGUGAAUUUGAAGGACUGGUAUGAGGACACAGUGCAAGACAUUGGCAGACGCCUAGAAAAGCUCGGUUACUAUUGA